AUGGAUUCGGACUCCAGAUCGGGGAGCAGCGAAGAUGAGGAUUACAGCUCCAAAGCCGAGGGCAUCGUCAUGAGGCGGAGAUGCACGGACGUGGGUAGCCUUCUGAUGUUUGCAGCGUUCUUGUGGUGCCAUGGCUACGUCGCCGUGGGCGGCUUCCGCGAGGGCAACCUCGACAAGCUCACCCGUGGCCUCGAUUGGAGGGGGCAGCUGUGCGGUGUGGGCCCAGACGUGGCGGGGAACCGCUGCUGUACUGGUGCGGCAACGGGACGUCGCGCACCUUCGGGGUGGGCGGGCAGUCUGGUGAGCCCGCCCAGAUCACCGUGCCCGAGUCCCUGA